CAUGUAGUUUUAUGUUUUCUGUCGUUUUGUGUUUUAAUUUAUAUAAUUCUGGAUACACUCAAUAGCUUACCCUGUUUCUCAAAAAUAAAUUAUAAACUAACAUCAUAAUUGUAUUGUUUUUCUAAUAUAAACAGGUCAUUUGUAUUUCUUUUUAAAUUUAGUUGUUAAAUGCUUAUGAACAAAAUAGACUUUUUCAGUGAGUUAAAAACCUAAAAGUAUUAAGGAAAGAUUUGUUUUUUUUUUUUGUGCUUGGAAACGAAUAUGAAAAUAAAGCAAGAAUCCUAUUGUUUGUAGUUUGGUGGUAAAUUUGGUGCAAUCUCGAGCAUCAUCGGCAUGAAGGAAUGGUUAAUGUAUGAGUCUUUUCAAAGAUAAACGAAAACAAAUUAAAAAAGGACAAUAGUUUGUGUUGGCUCAAUCGAGUAUGAGACUGAAGUCUUUUUAUAAAAUAAAAUUUAAAAUAAAUUAAAAUUGCAUUUAAAAAAUCGUAAGAAAAUGCGUGAUUGACAGAGAGGGUUCUCAAAGCCAUUCCCCCUUAUUUUGAUCAGUGGUUGUUGCCUUUGAAGCUUCUCCAAUUGGUCAGUUGAAUCUGGAAAGAAGGCAAAAGCAACUAAGUUUACAUUAAACAAAAAAAUUAAAACACAAAUGGGCAUAAUUGAAAAAUCAAAUGUGGUCAAUUAGACUGUAGUUAACGUUCUACUGCCUCGGAAUUGAAAGAUAGCUUAAAAUAGUCUAUACAAACUAAAUAAAACUACGAAUAAAUCAGAAAUCUAAUAUUAAAAGCGAAUACAAAGGAAAUCCACCAUGACCAAAACCGUUCUUAGGCAACUAUUGCUUAUGCAUGUGAUGGCUUGCUUGAUACUAAGUAAAACAACGUUGAGUGCAAUAAGCUUGCAACAAAAAUCUGUUAGCAGUAAUAGUAACGUAAAUAAUGGUCGCAGCAGAAUUAUUGGAUCCUUGUCUUGCAUAAAUGACACUAAUCAUGUUCAAAAUGAUAUUGUUGCGCAAUUUUGUUUGCCGUCUUCGUUGGCGCAAUCUUCAGCCGGAAGUACAUUGACAUCAACUGCAUCUACGUUAGCAAAUACCAGCUCAUCAUCAAUAUUAUCGUUGUCAUACACAAAUUAUUUUACUCAUUUAUCUUACGAUAAGAAAAGAAAUGUUUUCUAUGCAGGAGCCACCAAUAAAAUUCUGCAAUUAAAUGAAAAUCUUAGAGUACUUACUCAAGCUGUAACAGGCCCCAAGCAUGAUAGUCCACAGUGUCAUGCUGGUGGUUGUCCCGAGGAAGUUGAAACCCAGCAAAUGAAUAAUCAUAAUAAGAUACUGAUAGUCAACUAUGUAGAUGACAUUCUUAUAGCCUGUGGAAGUAUACGACAAGGUUCUUGUGAGAUUUAUCAUCUUUCCAAAUUUCCUCAAUCAUCACAAUUCAUAGCGAUUCCACUGGCCGCAAAUGACGAAACCUCUUCAACCUACGCAUUCAUUGGUCCGUCACAAUAUCAGUCUUGGAAGAAAGAAGAUAUUCUUUAUGUUGGAACGACAUUCACAAAUGUCGGUGAUUAUCGCCAUGAUGUUCCUGCCAUAAGUUCGCGCAAGCUAGAAGACUUAAACUACGCCGAAUUCUCAAUCCAACAAUCUAUUAUUAAUAUUGAUGUUAAAUAUCGUGAUCAUUUCCUCGUCGAUUAUGUGUAUGGAUUCAAUUCAUCCGAAUAUGCAUAUUUUGCUCUGGUACAAAAGAAAUCUCAUUUAGCCGAAGAGGCUGGCUAUGUUACUCGGUUGGCAAGAAUUUGCAUAACCGAUUCAAACUAUGAUAGUUAUACGGAGAUAACAAUACAAUGUCAAGCAACACAUGACAAUAUCGAUUAUAACAUACUAAGGGAUGCAAAAAUCACCGAAGCCGGACAAAAAUUAGCUCAACAGCUAGGAAUUAAAAAGGACGAUCAUGUAUUGGUCACAGUCUUUUCACCGUCUAGAGAAAUUACGAAGCAACCAGAAUCAAAAUCGGCUAUGUGCAUUUAUAGUUUGAAGGAAAUCGAAGAGGUUUUCAUUGAAAAUAUCCACACAUGCUUUAAUGGAUCUAUAAAGGAUCGUAAUUUGGGCUAUAUAUCUGGACCUAUUAAUGAUGGACAAUGUCCAAUGGUCGGGUCUUUGGGCAAUAUAUUUAGUUUCUGUUCGGUGGGUUUAAAAAUAAGUGGAGUCUCCCCCAUCACAGCUCACGCAUUAUUUCAUUUUGAUAAUGUUUCUAUAACAUCAGUAACUGCCACAACAACAGGUCCCCACUCAUUGGCGUUUCUUGGAACUGAAACUGGUUCGAUUAAAAAAGUUUUGAUAUCGGGUCAGCAACUGGGUGAAUAUGAAGAAGUUGUUGUUGACCCAGGAAAUCGAAUACUUCAAGAUACAAUGAUGUCACCAAAGAAAGAUUUUCUUUAUGUACUUUCAAAGAAAAAGAUUUCUAAACUCCGAGUGGAACAUUGCUCGAUUUAUACCAAUUGUUCAUCUUGUUUGGAAUCGCGAGAUCCUUUUUGCGGAUGGUGUUCACUGGAAAAAAGAUGUACAGUUCGAAGUACAUGCCAAAAGGAUACCAGUGCGGCGCGAUGGCUUUCACUAGGCAGUGGGCAACAGUGCAUUGAUUUUGAGUCAAUAAUUCCUGACAAAAUUCCAAUAAAAGAGUUAAGUCACGUUCAAUUGAUAAUAAGAACUUUGCCUGAACCAUUAAAUGCUAAGUAUCGUUGCGUGUUUGGUAAUUCAACGCCAAUCGAUGCUGAAGUUCUUGAAAAUGGUUUGUCUUGUAUGACACCACCAAUAGAUCAGAGACCUAUGAUCGAACCAAACGAAGACCAUGUUUUAGUUCCAUUAUCUGUAAGAAGCUCUGAAACCAAUAAAGACUUUGUAUCGCGGUCGUUUGCAUUUUUCGAUUGUUCGAAACACAACACAUGCCAGAAAUGUGUAAAAAGCCAAUGGAGUUGUAAUUGGUGCAUUUUUGAUAAUAAAUGUGUGCAUCGCACGGAGAAAUGUCGAAAUAUGGAAAAUGUUAUAAGCUCUGCAGAUGUUUGUCCUCAUCUUAAAAGACAGCGGAAUCCUACAUUGCUGCCCGUUCGUGUGCCAAAAGAAAUCCGACUUGAGAUUGAAAAUUUGCCCAAGCCGAAAAGUGCUCACUCAGGUUUCUUAUGUACGGUGCAUAUUGAAGAAGCUCACAUGUUGCUUCCUGCUAGAAUCGAGGCGAAUAAAAUAGUUGUUUGUGAGAAAACACCGUACUUCUAUGAAAGCAAUGCCCAUGAGUAUGAGGCCAAAGUUGACAUAACUUGGAAUCGACAGCAUUACAUUGACACUGCAACUGUAAUGCUCUAUAAAUGUGAUGUUUUAGGAUCGCAUCGCGAUCAUGCCGAUUGCAGCUUGUGCGUGACAAGAAACUUGAAAUAUCAAUGUGCAUGGUGUGGUGACUCGUGUGUAUAUAAUGAAACGUGUAAUAUUCAACGCUCAAAUGAGUGUCCAAGACCACGAAUCGAUAUGAUAAGGCCGAUGAGUGGCCCUAUCGAAGGAGGAACUUUAGUAACUAUCGAAGGCAGCAAUUUGGGAAUACGAGAAGAAGAUGUAAGAGGUAAAGUUAGUAUUGGUAACAUACCCUGUGAGUUGGUCAACUAUGAGAUAUCGGUUAAAAUUGUUUGUCGAACUGGCCCAGUUGGUCAUGAGUUAAUUGCUCCAGUCAAAGUAGCUAACGAAGCAGGGGUAGCGGAAUCAAUCGUCCAAUUUCAGUACAAGGACAUUCAACUAGAGGGGCUUCAUCCAGCUAUGGGUCCUCGUAGUGGAGGAACCCACGUUACAUUGAUAGGUAGAUACCUCAAUAUUGGAUCAAAUAUAAGAGCUUUUCUAGAUGAAUACGAGUGCCAUAUAAAUAUUACUCAAGCUUCUAGCAACAGGUUGAUGUGUAUCACAUCCGAAGCAACUCAACCAGAACCAAUUCGUCGUCUAAGACUGAUUGUAGACGGAGCUAAUCGAACUUAUGAACGAUGUAGCACAUAUGAUCAAAGAGGCAAUUAUGGAUAUAGUCCAAAUGGUCACUGCUCUAUCUACAACUAUACUCAAGAUCCAGGAAUAAUGCAGAUCAAACCAUUAAGAAGUUUUGCAAGUGGUGGUCGUAUGUUAACUGUUCAUGGCACAAAUUUACACUCAAUUCAGCGACCAGAACUCGAGGUGUUCUUCGACGAUGGACGAGUCAAUAAAACUGCAUGUAUUGUAAUAAAUUCUAACCAAAUGGAAUGUCCUUCGCCAUCAGUGAGUGCGAAAUUUAAUUCUUACAAAAUGUCCAUAGAAAGGAUUCAAGGUCAUUCUUCGUAUCAAGGCUCGUCGUACCAUAGUUUCCAUAAUCUUCGGCGCCGUCGCAGUAUUCAAGACAAUUCUUAUUUUACCACCACGAGCUAUGGCGGCGGUGCUAGUGACAUGGCUGCUUUGAAAAUUCAUGAAACGCAACUAAGCCUGCAAGUUGGAUUUAUAAUGGAUAACGUUCAAAUCGUAAGGGAUCUUAGCAAAUAUUUUCAAAAUAUACGUAGCACUAUUGUGUAUGUUGGUGAUCCGAAUUAUUUUUCAUUUCCCAAUGGAAAGAAGUUGUAUAAAGGUGACACACUUGUCAUUGAAGGCGAAUUGCUAAACAUUGCUUCUGAUGAAUAUGAUGUUAAUGUGACUAUAGGUACUGUCAAGUGUAAUAUAACUAGCUUAGCUUUGACUCAACUUGUAUGCAUACCACCUGAACAACAACCCGCUGCGACCGAUGAAAAUGGAGUCGAAACAUAUAGUGAUCUACCAUUAGUGGUAGUAAAAGUUGGCCGAAACUUGCGUUUUCAAAUUGGUUACUUGAAAUAUGAUUUACUUAAACCAUAUUCCUUUUCACAUGCAUUGUUUGGUAUUGCUUUUGCUAUUGUAGUUGUUGUGAUAUUUUUUGUCGUGAUAAUCACUUAUCGAAGGAAAAGUACGCAGGCGGAACGCGAGUAUAAACGAAUUCAAAUUCAAAUGAUUACGUUGGAAAGCAAUGUGCGCCUUGAGUGCAAACAGGCUUUUGCUGAACUCCAGACUGAUAUGACAGAUCUAACAGCGGAUUUAGAAAGUUCUGGUAUCCCAACAUUAGAUCAUGUCAAUUAUAUAAUGAAAGUUUUCUUCCCUGGCGUGUCUGAUCAUCCUGUGUUAAAUUCUCCAAAGCAGCUUCGAAUUAAUACUCCUCAUACAAAUUAUGAUACGGCAAUGUUACAAUUCGAACAAUUGAUAAGUAAUAAAUAUUUUGUGUUGGCAUUCAUCGAGACCCUCGAAGCUCAAAAGUCUUUCAACAUUCGUGAUAAAGUAAAUGUGGCAUCUUUGUUAAUGAUAGUUUUAAUGAAUAAAAUGGAAUACGCUACAGAAAUACUUAAAUGUCUACUUUUGCGCCUUAUUGACAAGUCUGUGCUGAGCAAACAUCCACAAUUGAUGCUUCGCAGAACGGAGAGUGUAGUUGAGAAAAUGCUUACAAAUUACAUGGCCAUAUGCAUGUAUGAUUACUUAAAAGAAUAUGCUGGGUCAAGUUUAUUUUUGCUCUUCAAAGCAAUCAAACAUCAAAUUGAAAAAGGUCUUAUUGACGCAGUAACGCAUGCGGCCCGUUAUUCGCUUUCUGAAGAGCAUUUGUUACAUGAACAAAUUGAUCAUUCGGUUGUUAUGUUACACAUACUGCAAGAUGAUUUAGACGAAAAAGUACAGUGUAAAGUUUUAGAUUGGGAUACUAUUUCGCAAGUGAAAUCAAAAAUAUUGGAUGCACUUUUUAAAAACACGCCUUUCUCUAUGCGCCCAUCCAUUCAUGAAGUCGAUUUAGAAUGGCGACAUGGGCGCGGCGGUCAUUUAACUCUGCAAGAUGAAGAUUUAACUACGAAAACAAAAGUUGGUUGGAAACGUCUCAACACACUUGCGCAUUAUGGUGUUAAAGAGUCAGCAGUUAUGUCACUAAUAGCCCGACAAAAUGAUGGAUAUAAUAUUAAUUAUAGCAAACAACAACAGCAUUUCCAUAAUUUUUACUAUAUCAACAAUUCUCAAUCUCAUAUUAUAAUUAAUAGUGACUUAGAAUCUGGUCUGCAACAGCCUCGGUUUUAUCAUCUCGUCAAACCAAUUGUACCAGAUCACUAUAUGAACAUGAAGAACUCGGCCAUCUCAGGUGGAGUUGGGUGUAGUGGAGGAGGAGGUGGUGGAGCUGGCUCAAAUGAGCGUACUCAUAAAACAAUUCCCGAAGUUUAUCUAACACGUUUGUUAGCAACCAAAGGAACAAUACAAAAAUUUGUCGAUGAUUUCUUUGCAACCAUUCUAACAGUAAAUGAAGAGCUACCACCUGCAGUCAAAUGGUUAUUUGAUUUACUUGACGAAGCUGCACGACGUCAUGAUAUAAGCGAUCAAGAAAUCGUUCAUGCUUGGAAGUCAAAUAGUUUGCCAUUGAGAUUUUGGGUGAAUUUCAUAAAAAAUCCUGAUUUCAUAUUCGAUGUAAAUAAAACGACAACGGUCGAUUCCUGCCUUAGUGUUAUUGCGCAUACAUUUAUUGAUGCUUGUUCGACAACAGAGCAUCGUUUGGGCAAAGAUUCACCAUCUAACAAAUUAUUAUUUGCAAAGGAUAUUCCACAAUAUCGUAAAAUGGUUAAGCAAUUUUAUCGUGAAGUUGCAAGACUACCGCAGAUAAGCGACCAAGAAAUGAACACAGCCAUGCAGCAAUUAUCCGUGCAACAAAGUGAGGAAUUUGAUACGAUAGCAGCGCUAAAGGAACUCUAUAUAUAUGUCACUAAGUAUAGAGACCAGAUAAUGCAUACGUUGGAAGUAGAUGCCAAUUGUAAGAAAAUGCAUUUAGCUCACAAAUUGGAGAAUGUCGCAUGCACUUUAGAUGGAGAAGAAACAUCAGCUUGCUGACAUCAAACUUAUAAUUCGGGUGAUACAUUAGACUUAAAUCUUAUUUACAAUGACAACAACAGCUUGAUUGAGAUCACUCCCUUAAUGUCAGCUCCCAAUAACAUGUACAACACAUCAUCUAAUGCUGGAGUAGCCGUUGCCAUAAAGGAUCAAUUAAGAACCUCUGCCGAUUUUAAAUGUUUAGUUUUAAAAUUUUAAUUGAAUUCUAUUUUGAUUUAUUUUGUAUUUAUUCAUUUACAAUACACUUAUUUUAAUCUCGUAUUUGUUAGCAUUUAUCAUAUUAAUUCAAAAACAAAGAAAAAAAUACAAAUAUUUUCUAAGUAGAAUUGAUUUUCAUCCAAAGCAACACACAAACAAAAUAUAAGCAAAGUAUGUUUGGUUUUUACUCACAAAUUAUGUUAUACUAUUUUUACAAGUUUUUUUAAUAUUGUGAUAUUUUUGUAAACGAAAAAUAUUUUACUUUACGAAACCGCUUACUUUCUUCCACAAAAAAGGAAAGUUACAUGAACAGUAUAAUUUCAUUCUGAAAAUGUCCAUCUAUCUUAUCUAUGAUUUUUUAUUAAUUUUACUUCUUAAAUACAAUCGUUUUCUAGGUAUUUAUAAUUAUGUUCUCUGAAAAAUUUUCAAACCAAUUUUACUAAGGCAAUUAUAUUUCCUUGUUCUAUCAAUUUUCUUGAUUAUAUUAAACAUGUAUACAUGCAUAACAUACAGUGACGAACAAAAUAAUAUGAACGCUUUUUAUAUGUUAAGAUUUUAUAUAAACACUCUAUUUAUAUACAUUCAAAAUAUUAUCUGUAAAUCAUUUACAUUUAUAUUUUGUAAUUCCAUGAACUGAAGAUAAUAAAUAAAACAAUCACGAAAAGAUAAUGUUUCUUAAAAAUAAGAUAUUUGAAAAUAAAUUGUUAAAAGAGCCGUACAAAAGAAUAUGAAGACUUUAGUUCACAAUUAAGUAUUAAAUGGCUUAAUUUAUAGCAAAAUACUAAAUUUUUCACACUGAAGCCUAGUUUAUUAAUUAAAAGUAUUUUUACAUUCUUGAAAUACACAUCGGCAGAAGCCUGUCGUUCUAGAGUACUGGUUUGUUUUAAAUGUUUUUUAUUUUAGUUCUAUAUUGUUUUAUAUUUUUAGAUUAUUCAGCACUCGGAGAAUGUUGGGUAUUUUAAAACCCCCCUAUCGUGGAAAAAGGUCUGAUCGGAAUCGGAAUAUUUUGAGCGUUCUUGCUAACUGAUUCCGAGAAUAAAUAUUGACUUUUACCAACAUAUAAUUUGACAUUUUACAAUUUGUCAACGAUUACAUGACUUAAAAAUCAGAUUAUUUUUUUCAUUAAUUCAAAAGCGUAAAUGAAAUACUAAGAAGCUUUAUUGCCUAAUUUUAUUAUUUCAAAAACUUAGUUGAUAAAAAAUAAAUACAAAUUAUUCAAAGAGAAAUAAACUGAAAAUACACUUAUUGCAUAAACACUCAACACAAAAAACUAAAAAAACAAAUAAAAUGUAAAAAUAAAUAAUUACAAAUAAUUCAGAGCAUCAACUGCCGGUCGAGACCUUUUUUUCUAUUUCCAGAAUAUUUAUAAUAAUCUCAAUUAAAGUCACGAAAAACAAUACAUUCAAAGAAAACUAACAUAACUUUUCUCUGCAACACUUGCUCACCAUUACCAUUCAUCUUUCUAUUGCAUAGGGAAUUAAUUAAUAUCCGCAGUGUUUUGUUUUCAGCGAAAAUUGGAACAAAAAUUGUAUAUAAACACCAUUAAACUUUAUUUCGGAGAUUUCUUCGAUUUGUGUAUCGGUUACGAUCAUACCCAUUCGUACGAUGCGGAAAAAUCGGAUAAAAUUCCUCUCCAAUUAGUUAGCUUGAUAGGGGUGAAUUCAAACAUGAGACUCUGCAUGUCUUGCACUAUUUCAACUUCAUGCACUAUGUAAAAUUCUCUGACUUUACUCUUUGUAAGCUUUAGGGUCUUAGUAGGCUUCAAUUGCAAAGCCUUUAUAUAGAGUUUUUUAAGCCUAUUUACUAAACAAUUUCUCUUACGAUUUAUUCAAAACAGAUAAAGGAAUUAUAAAAUGUAAAUUAAUCACAGAUAAUGUUUUAAAUAUGUGAGUUUUAUAUAAAAUCCAAAUAUGUAAAAAGUAAUUACUUUUUCUUCACUGCGUAUACAUAUAUAUAUAUUUAUAUAUAAAUAUACAAAUAUAUUUAAAUAUAUACAUGUAUAUGGAUUAGUUAUAAAAAUAAAAUAUAUUUAAACAUAUACAUGUGUAUAGAUUGCACUGAUUCAAAAAAUCUGAGAUGCCUUGCUAAUAGCGUUUUGGAAACGGUUUGAUGAUUUGACACCUGUUCAAAUUUCAGCUUUUUAGAUUGGUCACUCAUUGUGUUUUUCUAUUUCGCACACAAUUUAACAGGUGUUUUGGUCAUUUUGAUAAGUGUCACCUUUUCUUAAAUAAAUUUAAUUAAAGUGGAGUCCAUAAUUAUUUUUCAUUUUUUAAUCACAACAUAUUUUUUUCUUUAAUAUAAAACCUAUGAGGUGAAAAUAUUUAUUUAACAUGACACUUGCAGUCUCUUUAUCUAGUUGCAUAUUACCAUUCACAAUUUCAAGAUUUUAAUCGCAAAAAAAGUAGAAUUAUUCAUUAACUUCACUUUAUCCUUUUAUAACUUUAGAAAGUUUUCUUGAAAAAAAUUAAGACCUUUCCGAAAACAAUUUUAAUUUCUUAAGACAAAAGACGAAAAGAAACAUUUUUAAACUUACAUACAAUUUAAAUGCAAAAUAGAAAAACACAAUAAGUGGAGUCUUAAUAUUAAUCUGAAUUUUUUAAGGUGUUUUAUUUCACUAAGUUCAAAUCAAAAGACUAGUUGCACUUAAAAUUCAAGACUUAUGUUUUUUUUUUUUAAUCCGUCUAUAUACAGGAUCUCCCAAAGUCCUCGCCACAGAAGAUCUGAUUUUCUGAGAUCGUUGCAGUUCCUUUUCUAGUUUUAACCCUUUUUUGAUGUGCUUUCCAGCUCGAACUAUUUCAAUUUUUGUUUACAAUAAGUUAAUUACAGAUUUAAAACAUAAUAUUAACAAAAAAAAAAAUAGAUUCAGAAUUUAUUUCAAUAAAAUUAAUGACAACUUUGUCAUUUGUUUUUGUGACGUUUUUAUCAAUUGGUUUAUAACUCUUCUCAUAAAAUAUGUACGUUAAAUUGAAUUUUUGUUUUAAAAAAUACAUGGUUUUAACAAGAAAACAAAUAAGGAUCUUACAAAAAUUAUGUAAUUAGAAGUAAAAAUAUAUCGUUUAAAAGUAAAACAAAAUAGUUUAGAAAGCCAAUUAAAAAAAUAAUUCCAAAAAUCAUAAAAAACCGUUAUAACUCGAAAAGGAACAGGAAGCGAACAAUUUUACUGAUAUGUUUUUUGGCUAAAAAUUACCUCAGGAACCUAUUGUGUUCUGUGGCGUUCGUAUAUACACUGUUGAAUAAAAAUGAUAGUAACAUCCUUUGCCUACAACUUCUAUUGGUAUUUAAAGCGUACGGGAAGAGUACCAACAAAAAAGAAUACUUAACAAUUCUUUAUAUCUUAAGGAAAGAAUACGAUAUAAAAUUGUUUAUCCAAACGGAAAUUAUUAUUAAAAUUCUGAAAAGUAUUUUCUACAGUUUUGCUCUUGAAAAAAUAAUAGAAACAAUUCAGGAGUGGUACUAUUUUUUUUUUAAUAGAGUUAUUAUAUGGUUAAAAUCCUUUAUUUUUGGUAGCAUAGAAGCAUUUUGCCCCUUUGCCAUAUAACUUGAAAAGUGAAGAAUACCAUUAAUUUUGUAAUCAUAAACCUUAAGAUGACUUUUUAUAUUGAUCCCCUUCGUUUUCAAUAUUUUUUCCAUCUAAGAUUUUUAUAAUUACUUCCUGUUGUUUUGUUGACAGUUGUAUGUGUUAUUUUUUUUUCUUGAACUAUGGAGAGUAGAUAAGUAUUUUUUUUUAUUUUUUUUACUCUUUCCGUAAACAGCAAUAGAAGUUGUAGGCGAAGAUUGCUUCUAUUUUGUAACACUGUAUCAACAUACAUAUUAUACAUAAUGAUUGAUGUAAGGUCCACCAAAAGACUAGAGCGAGUAUUUAGCGUUAAGACAAUAAAAAUCGUAUGUGAGGCGGUCUAUUCCUCCUCGUUUAGGAGGUAGGGAUUACUUAAAAAAAAAGAAUAUUUGAAAAUAACGGUAACAUCUACAGAUUUUAAAAGAAAAAAACGAAUUCCUAAUUAAUUAAUUUUUUACAUCAAGUAGUUUCAGUGAAUAGUUUGUGAAAAAUAAAUUUUUAAACUUGACAUUUUUGUAUUGCUUAAAAAAACCGUAUACUAUGCUAUGAAAGAACACAUAUAGAGUUUUUUUUAUUGUUUUCUAUUUCUGAACAACAAGGAUACAUUUAGAAAAUAGUUUUCAGUUUUUAUUUAAAAUCAAUUAGAAUUUCAUUCUAAAAUUAAAAGUUAUACUUAAUAACAUGAAAUUUUAAUAUGUAGUUUGAAAUUUAAAAAAUAAUUUUCACAAAAUUUUUACUCAAACUACUUUAUUUAAAACCAAAAUUAUAGAAUCUGUCUCUUGCUUAUGUCUCUUUGAAGGUGCUGCAGUCAUUUUUUAAUUUGUUUGCCUGCCCUAAAUCAAUUGUUUAUAAAUUUCACCUCUCCUUUACGGAGGAAAAGGCUCUUCCCAUAUGAUUUUUGUAUUAUCUUAACUCAACUUACUCCCUUUAGCUUUUCGAUGCAGGUGCACCGAGUACCAAUUACUAAAUAUAUGUAUACUAUACAUAGAAAUUAUCGCCUAUUGUAUUCAUCCUUUUUAAAACAGGACAAGAAUGUAAAAUUAUUUAAUUUAAAGAUUGUACAUAAAAGUUUGAUAUAUAAAAAAUAUGUAGAUGAAAAACAAAAAGGCAUUUUAAACGAUAAAUGAACAAUAUUAGACUGGUUUUAAAAAUCUAAUAAAUUAAAAGUAUGUGUAAUGUGCAUACAUUUUCGUAUCAUAUUUAUGUGUUUUACAAAAAAUCUUCAAAUUUUAAACUAAAGCAUAGUAAGCUUAAAACACGAAUAUGUAUUUUAAUAAAAAGAAAACAAACUCAUUUAAUUAUAAAGAAAAAAUAUAUAAAAAUCAAGACAAGAACUGUGGAGAAUAACUACAAAAUAGUACCAUAUUCUAAGUAGGACAUACGGUAUAUUCUUAUUUGCAUAAAUAAAUGCAUAUAAAUAAGUAUACAGCUAUAAGUAUAUUAUGUGUGCGUAUGUGUAUAAUAUGAAUUUAUUCAUAUGUAUUUAUAUAUAUGCAUUAUAUAUUUGUAUACAUGUGUGUAUAUAAACGCAUAUAAACAUAUAUAAAUAAAUGUGAAAAUUUGUAUGUAUAUGAAUGUAUCUCUACACAUUAAUUUAAUAAAUUACAGUCCAGUAAUAUUAGCAAUAAAAACGAUCAUAUAUCUGUAAAAAUAUUAAACUUGAUUAUUUUUUUUAUUGUAUCUCUUAGCAUAAGGAUGAAACUUAUUAAAUAUACGUACUUCUUCAGAAGAAAGAAAUAACUUAUCAGAUGAA